AUGUCCUCAAGCAGAGGUGGCGGUCGAGGUGGAAAAGGCAAAGUCAGCUAUACUGCUCCCUCGAUUCCUGGCUUCCUGCAGAAGCUUCAUGCCCAGGUCCACUCAGGGUCCAGCAGCGGAGGAAGCAAAGCGGACGCGGAUGGUCGAAUGGUGGGGAGCAUGUACUCGCAGAAGAGGCCGACAGCCAAUGGCGAUUACGACAGCGAGGAGCAGGCAGAGUUGGCUGCCCUCUUUCCCGGCGGUGAGGGAAGUGAGGAGCAGGAGGGAAGGGCAAGGGCGAGAUUCAAGGGCGACGUCGUGAAGCGCCCACCUGCCGCCGAUGCUGCUGCUGCUGCUGCUGCUGGGGGGGAUGAAGAGGACGACGACCCGCCGGACGAAUGGGAUGGGGCACAGGUUGUUGUUCUGAAGGAGGGAAGACACUUGACAGAGGACGAGGUCAGAGAGACAAAGAGGAGAUUGCAGGAUGAGCAGGAGAAGGAGGCGGCUGAGCAAGCCUCAGCAUCAACAGCAGGCCAAAUAGCCACCGGCUCGUCAUCUCAGCAACCACGCAAACGACCGCGCAUCGUAGGCGAUAGCGCCGGUGAUGAGGACAACUCGCGGCCGUUGGACGUGUCCAUUUCCUCGUCGUCCACGGCAAAGAGCGACCCCUUAGCAGCAGCCAAAGACCUAAUCGCUUCAGACAAGAAGCGCAAGAAGGAGCUGGAGCGCGCGAGGGAGAAGGAGAAGAAGGCAAAGAACACAAAGAGGGAGAAGAAAAAGGCGGGCAAGGGGCUGAGCUUCGAUGUUGAGGACUGA